GGCCCCGCCCCCCGCGCCGCCGCCGCCGCCGCCGCCGCCGCCGCCAUGAGCGGGUGGGCGCCCUACGUGGAGAGCCUGAUGGCGGACGGGACCUGCCAGGACGCCGCCAUCGUGGGCUACAAGGACACCCCGGCCGUGUGGGCCGCCACCCCCGGCAAGACCUUCGCCAACAUCACGGCGGCGGAGGUGAGCGCGCUGGUGGCCAAGGAGCGGGGGGGGCUGCUGGUGAACGGGCUGACGCUGGGGGGGCAGCGCUGCUCCGUCAUCCGCGACUCGCUGCUCGUCGAGGGCGAGCACAGCAUGGACCUGCGCACCAAGAGCGCCGCCGGCGCCCCCACCUUCAACAUCACCGCCGCCAUCACCAACAAGACGAUCGUGCUGGUGAUGGGCAAGGAGGGCGUCCACGGCGGGGGGGGGGGGGGUGGUGAGGCGGCCCGGACGCCUGGGCCCCUUCUGGGUCUGUCUUGUGGGGGGUGUCUGUGGGGCAGCCCGGACGCCUGGGCCCCUCACUGACCCCCCCCCCCGUGUCCCCCCCCCCCCCCC